GAGAAAAUAACGUACAAAGAGGACCCCAGAAAACUUUCCACCCUGGAUUCUCUACUUUUGAUCCAUGGACAGAGCCCAACUCAGCCAAGUUACGGACAGACUAUAAGCAGUCCUUGCUCAUUUUAUUGUGAUCUGCCUGUGGGAACGUUGUCUCCAACGCAAAGUAGUAUGGACCGGAGAAGUGAGAGUCCCUGUCUAAGGGAUAGCCCAGACAGAGGGAGCGGCAGCCCUGAUGUCAAAGGUCCUCCCCCGAUGAAGGUGGCCAGACUUGAACAGAAUGGGAGCCCUAUGGGAGCCCGAGGGAGGCCCAAUGGCUCUGUCACCAAAUCAGUGGGAGGUUUGAUGAUCCCUGUCUUUUGUGUGGUGGAGCAGCUGGACACUUCUCUCGAAUAUGAUAACCGAGAAGAACACGCAGAGUUUGUUCUGGUUCGUAAAGAUGUGCUUUUUAGUCAACUGGUGGAGACUGCACUCUUGGCUCUCGGAUAUUCUCACAGCUCUGCAGCUCAGGCACAAGGUAUAAUCAAACUUGGGAAGUGGAAUCCUCUUCCACUCAGUUAUGUGACAGAUGCGCCCGAUGCGACAGUAGCCGAUAUGUUACAGGAUGUCUAUCAUGUUGUGACACUGAAAAUUCAAUUACAAAGUUGUUCAAAGCUGGAAGACUUGCCAGCUGAGCAGUGGAACCAUGCCACAGUCCGCAAUGCCUUAAAGGAGUUACUCAAAGAGAUGAAUCAGAGCACAUUAGCCAAAGAAUGCCCUCUCUCCCAGAGUAUGAUAUCAUCCAUUGUAAACAGCACAUACUAUGCCAAUGUGUCAGCAACCAAGUGCCAAGAGUUUGGGAGAUGGUAUAAAAAGUACAAGAAGAUUAAAGUGGAACGAGUUGAAAGAGACAACCUGUCAGAAUAUUGUGUUCUUGGUCAACGUCCCAUGCACUUACCAAAUAUCACCCAGCUGGCAACCUUGGGCAAAACAAAUGAACAGUCUCCUCAUGGUCAAAUACACCAUAGUACUCCGAUCAGAAAUCAAGUGCCAACUCUGCAGCCAAUCAUGAGCCCUGGUCUUCUUACACCCCAACUCAGCCCACAACUUGUCAGGCAGCAGAUAGCAAUGGCCCACUUGAUAAACCAGCAGAUUGCAGUAAGCCGACUACUGGCUCAUCAACACCCACAGGCGAUUAACCAACAGUUUCUAAAUCAUCCACCCAUCCCUAGAACGGUCAAACCAGAGCCAACAAACUCAUCAGUGGAAGUCUCUCCAGAUAUCUACCAGCAAGUCAGGGAUGAGUUGAAGAGGGCCAGUGUAUCCCAAGCGGUUUUUGCAAGAGUGGCUUUCAAUCGCACCCAGGGAUUGCUAUCAGAGAUACUGCGUAAAGAAGAAGACCCUAGAACAGCUUCCCAGUCCCUCCUGGUAAAUCUGAGGGCCAUGCAGAAUUUCCUCAACCUGCCUGAGACAGAACGAGAUCGUAUAUAUCAGGAUGAGAGAGAGAGGAGUAUGAACCCCAAUGUGAGCAUGGUGUCUUCAGCUGCCAGCAGUCCAAGUUCCUCCAGAACCCCCCAGGCCAAAACCUCGACACCAACAACAGACCUCCCCAUUAAGGUGGACGGAGCCAACAUCAACAUCACAGCUGCCAUUUACGACGAGAUCCAACAGGAGAUGAAAAGGGCCAAGGUGUCUCAGGCUCUGUUUGCUAAAGUGGCUGCCAACAAAAGUCAGGGUUGGCUGUGUGAGCUGCUCCGCUGGAAAGAAAAUCCAAGUCCAGAAAAUCGUACUCUCUGGGAAAACCUGUGUACCAUUCGGCGCUUCCUGAAUCUUCUCCAGCAUGAGAGGGAUGUGAUCUAUGAAGAGGAGUCCAGGCAUCAUCAUAGCGAACGUAUGCAGCAUGUUGUCCAGCUUACUCCUGAGCCUGUGCAGGUACUUCACAGACAGCAAUCCCAGCCAGCCAAGGAAAACUCGCCUCCAAGAGAAGAGGCCCCUCCCCCACCCGCAGAGGACACAUGUACUAAAAAAACAAGAUCCCGUACUAAAAUUUCUUUAGAGGCUUUGGGCAUCCUUCAAAGUUUCAUUCAUGAUGUUGGCCUCUAUCCAGAUCAGGAGGCCAUUCACACUUUAUCCGCUCAGUUGGAUCUGCCUAAGCACACCAUCAUCAAAUUCUUCCAGAACCAGCGUUACCACGUAAAACAUCACGGGAAACUAAAAGAGCACUUGGGCACAGUGGUGGAUGUGGCAGAAUACAAAGAUGAGGAGCUGCUGACUGAGUCAGAGGAGAAUGACAGUGAGGAGGGUUCCGAGGAAAUGUACAAAGUGGAAACUGAAGAAGAGAAUCCUGAAAAAAACAAAGCAACUACUUCAGAAACUGACCAGAGAUAAUGUGAAAACAUCACAGGCAAAGCAAUACAUUGAUCCUAUUUUGU